AUGGCACCCAUCCGAGUAGCGAUUUACUUGUUCCCCAAAGGCGAUGUCCUCGAUUUCACUGGACCCGCAGAAGUCUUCUCUGCUCCUCCUCGCGACUUUUCCGGCGAACCCCCUUUCCAAGUAACAACCUUUUCCCAUUGGAAUCCCGUAUCCUCCGCCUGCGCGGCCCUCACCUACGUCCCUCAAGCCACAUUCCAAGAAGUCGCCUCCAAGAUCGAAGAGUACGAUAUUCUUGUGAUUCCCGGCUCCGGAGAGGACACUCUCGAAGCUUUGAUCGCGUCGCCAGAGGGCAAGGAGCUCACCGCCAUGCUGCAGAAGUUUGCUGCCACGCCGCCACGCCCAGAGGUUGGCAAGCGGGUGUUGCAGAGUGUGUGCACGGGUGCUAUUCUGCUCGCCGCUGCAGGUGUGUUGAAGGAGCGCAAGUGCACAACACAUCACCUCAGCUUCAACAAGCUGCGCGAGAUUGCGGAUAAGGCUGCGGGUGGUCCCUCGAACAUUCAGAUCAUGGAGGAGUUGCGCUGGGUUGAUGGAGGCUUGAAUGACAAGGGUGUCAGAAUCGUACAUGCUGCUGGUGUGAGCUCGGGUAUUGAUGUUACAGUCUGGACUGUGGGUCACUUUGUUGGACCAGAGCACCAGAAGUGGGCGUCUGAGUUUGUGGAGUUUGAGCAGAGGGACGCAGCGUGGGGCAAAUAA